AUGACAACGACAGCAUCACUGUUAACUAAAUUAGAAGAUUCUGAAGCAAAUGGAAACUCACCUUAUCAUAUUGAUAUAAUUCUGAAUAAAAAAAUUUAUAAUCCCGGUGAAACAAUUUAUGGCGAAGUAAUUUUUCGAUUUGACAAAAAAUUGUCAUGUGAUAUGAUUACUGUACAAUUAUUUGGCUCUGUUCGCGUUUUCUGGAUUGACAAUGGAAUUCGCAAUGGUAAUUUACGACGUAUACCACAUGAACAAAAAAGAGUUUUAAUUGAUGAAAAAGCAACUUUGUGGUGUGAUGAACAAAAUAAAAUUUGGAAUAAAUAUACUCAGCCAAACAGGUCACUCUCUCAUGAAAAAAAUUGUAGCAAUGAUAGUGGUACCAAUGAUGAUAACAAUAUUGUUGAACUCAAUGAUAUUGUACACUUUUCGUCACCUACAAGCGUAAGAUUAAGAAAAAUUGAAAAGAAUGCAGCUUUUCACGGAAUUGGAAUUGGUUAUCACAAAUAUAAGUUUACUUUUGAACUGCCAAAAAAUGGACUUUACACUUCAUUCGAUUUAAAAAAUUGUGAUGGCCGUGUGCGAUAUGCAAUCAACGUUGAAUGUCUUUCAUAUAGUCGAUUAGUAAUAAAAAAAAGUUUAACAUUUCCAAUUGUUUGCCCCACCAAUCUAAAUAAUUAUAAAGAAGCAAUGACCAGCGCUUGCAUUAGAAAACGAAUUGAAUUUAAGAAAGGUAAAUAUUUUGAAGUUGAAUUAUCAAUAUCAAGGCGUUGUUUAGUACCUGGAGAAGCACUACCUGCACAAGUACGCAUUGAUAACAGAUCGGGUAAAUCUAUCAAAUUUUCACAUCUAUCAAUACAACAGAAUGUUUUUUGUGUUGCGACUUGUCCAUUUACGCAUGGCAAAGAAUGGUUUCAGGAUACGCUCGGAGUGGAUAUGGAUAUUAAUAAAAUACCUACUGGAUGUAUGCAUAAAUAUGUUCCAAAGUUUAACGUUCCUGCUUUGAUUCCUGGUUUUCAAAUUGAUGGAUUUUUGACUCUUGAUUAUAAGCUUAAAUUGGAAAUUGGCUUCGACAAAGUUAAUUUGAAUAACGAUAUGAAACACGUUGUUUGCAUAUUAACAAUACCAAUCUUUAUUACAACAGGCUUCAUAGGAGAAUCAGAUCUCGAAUUCGAUUCCAACCUUCAAGAAGCAUCAGAACCACCUCCAAAUUACUAUGACGUUCAACCGCCAUCUUAUGAUGAAUGCAAGACCAAAAUCAACUUUGGAAUCCAAGCUAAUUCUGAAAUUUGUACAAUGUCUGCAUUAACUUUAACCAAUAAUGAUGAAGAAUUAUAG